AUGGAGACUUCGCCACUGAAAGUUGCCAUCAUCGGUGGUGGGUUGGGUGGGCUGACUUUGGCCAAGACCUUGCUGCGCUCGGGCGAAGGCGAAGGCGGCGAAGGCUCAAACCGCGUGGAGGUGCGACUCUAUGAGGCCUGGGAUCAAUGGAAAGUCCGUGGGGGUGCACUGGGGCUGGCAGCAGGCGAGCGCAUUCUCAAGAGCUUUGGACUUGGAACGAAGCUGGCGGCUGUGGCCAAUGAUGGUCAGGACCUUUGCGUGCAAUAUCAUGCCAAUGGCACGAAGUUAAGCUCCUUGAACUUUACAGGAUGCAUGGCCAUGCGCACGGAUUUGCAGAAGCUCUUGGUGGACUCCCUCCCCCCCUGA